AUGGAGGCUCAGGGUAUGGCAGUGUGUGACUCUGAGAGACAGGAGGAGAGAGGGCUGAGUGGGCCAGAGGGUGCGCCCGAAGGUGAUAUUAAAAAGGUUCUUUAUGCAAAGAGAAAAAGAUUUAUGAUGAACACCAAUGCUUCUGUCAAAACCAUUAAUCGGAAAAUUGAGCAUGUUUGGAAAACCCAGGGAGAGCAAAGGCAGAAGCUUUUUCGUGAAUAUUCUCAGCAGUUUCUGACUUUGUUUCUGGAGUGGAAUAUAGGUGUGAAGAAAACCAAGGAGGAAGAAGAAAAACUAGCUAAUUUGCUUCGUGAGCAACAAAAGAUUUUUCAACAAGCGAGAGUUGUUCAGAGCCAGAGACUGAAAAAAAUUAAAAACUUAUACAACGAGGUCAUAAAGAGUAUGGCAGACUUCGAGAAGGAUCAGGAAUAUCUUCUUACUGAUGAGCAAAAUGAAGUUAGACAAGAAAUGGCUAUGCUGCAAAACAAAAUUAUCAUGACAGCUCAGCAGCAAGAGCUGGCAAUUGUUCAAAAGUCUCUUCAAUUCCUGUUAUUCUGA